CUUUAUGUAGUUUCAACGUAUGUAAACGAUGUCAAUGGUACGUAUGAAGAGUUCCUAACUUGGAUAUGGCCCAAUGAGGACUGUAUUUAUUUUUAUUUUCGGCGAUGAAGCAGAAGGGUGGAUCACUGUCUCCUCUCUUUUGCUUCUGAACCGAAGUGAUUUGGUUUAAGAAUAGAACAAAGGGGUGGCCCGGGACAGAGCAGGGUUUAAGAAUAGAACAAAGGGGUGGCCCGGGACGGAGCAGGGUUUCCCCAGACGUACUUUUCAUCUAACUUUGGCCUCGUCAAGAUGAGGUGGUUUUUUUUUGAUGCGAGGGAGGAGGAGAUGGGAGCCCUGCUGUGUUUCUAUACCACGGACGCGGAGCCACGGCGGAUCUUCAGACUCACUCUGAACAUUCUUCACUGGUGUGUGCUUGUGUACGCAGACCACCAGGUUAACUGUUGACCGAGGAAACAGGUUCUACAUCUGUUCAGAAAGGGACCGGUGAAUAGGAUUCCUCUUAACGUGAUCAAUAGUAUGUGUUAACUGGCUUUUUUUUUUUAUCAUCUUCAAAUGAGUGCAAUCCAUAAAAGUACAAUGAUAAGUUGUACCAACUCGCGGUUGUAAGUACUCAGUCUAGACUAUAAACUUAGUGGUACUAUAAAUCAAUGUUUUUUUGUUUCCAUAAAACUUGAGAUAUUUUUCGUCUGUUGAAGUACAGGCCAUAUGUUUGGACUGUCCAAGUCCUUUUUAAACAAUGUUUUUUUACCCAGUGAAAUGCUGGGGAGAAUCGAAAUACUGUCAGUUCUAUAAAGAGCUUAAGGGGAAUGCCAGAUUUACUUAAUGUUUACCAGAACAUUCAAACAUACUUAAGAUAAUGACAAGAUGUUUGUCAUUUUUGUCUUGAGUGUGGUGAUUGUUUACUUUUCUAAGCUACAGAUACUAUAGAUUCUAGCAUUCAAGAACUGUUAUUCUAAUAACUAGAUGCGACAGCAAAGAGAGACAUAUCAGCAUCCACAUUUAGCAGUCUUUACAAUGACAAUAUUCCUGUUUUUAUUAUAGUUUGUUUAAAAAGAGAAUCAUACACUUGUCUGUCAAGGUACAGCGUUUAAAAUUAAAAAAUGAUACAGGAACAUUAGGAUGAGCGGGAAAUUAUGUUUGAAUGACUUAAACUGUUAUUGGAUCAAACCACUGUCUAUUAAGUUAUUUAUUACGUUUGCCAUUGUUUGUUUUAAUCUUUUGAAAUAAUACAGAACUUUGACUGUCUUGUGCUACAGAGUGAUUGAGGAUCGGGGCAUGUGUACGAACAACCCCAGUACGCAUCAGGUGCACGAGUCCGGGCGGCUGAAUGAGGACUGUUGGUCUGUAUGUUGUAUGUUUUUGAUCAAUAAAAUGAAAUGGGUAUAGAUCAUCGGUUGGUUUUAGUUUGGUCGAUGCUGUUCUGCUUCUCUACUGCAUUGUACACCUUGUUGAAUUCAGACCUCUUGGUCAUUAACUCAUUAUGGAGACCUAAGUCACUUAAAUUAGUCUGGCCUUCAUAACUGAUGGAUAGCAAGGAUAGCCAGAGACAUCAUAUUCACAGAGAAUGUUAAAGAUACAUCAACCAGUGUUUUACUGUAUCUCUUUAAAUCUCUUCCUCAAACUAUCUAAAUAUACUGUUAGCCAAAGAACUGGAAAAUCCAGGACUAAAGUUGGCUUUGUUAUAAAGAUUGCCUUUUCUAUUGCAAAGUGUAGUAUUUGGGGGUAAUUUGGUCUGCCCUUUCAACUUCAGCACGGUCUGAUUUUUAUGAAUGGGAAGUUGCCAAAAACCUGCACAAUGCGCAGGGCUGCCUCAUAUAUCCCCGAUCUCAAUGGUUCCCAAUAAAGUAUAAAUCAUGUGGAAAGGGUCUGGUUAUAUACGCGCUCUCGCUUCGACGUAAACCUGGAGUUUCAAACCAGACCCUGCAGCAAUAUGUUCUGAAGAUACCUGUUUAGCUGAGCUCCUCCACUGGCGUCACCGCCAGGCCAGCUGUCCUUUACAGCUGUGAUGAACUCGUAUGAUGAGGCAGCUCUCUGACCGUUCAGCCCGCUAACCCCCCAAUCCCUCCAGCUCCUCCAGAGCCGCGCGCUGAUGGCUCUGGCGUGCUGAUGGCUGUGGCCUGUUUACGGUAGCCUGUUGAUGUGCGUGUUCUGUCUGGAGGACCACGCCGCUGCUCGGCGCAUUGAUUUGCUCUCCGCUUCCAGAGGGGUCACAGUAAUGGCGUUCUGCUGCCAAUGGCGCGCUGUAAAUCGCUCGUUUUAAAGGCUUGUCCGCAGCCUCCUCGUUCCAGAGCCUCUUAUAUAAACCGAGCUGCUCAUUUUAGGGCUCAGUGCUGACUUACCGGGGCCUUAAUUGCUCAUUGCUCCAAAAGUUAUAUAUUUUUUAUUAAAAAACAUUGAGGAAAAGACGAGGUCUGGUCCAGAGUACCCGGGGGAACUAUACGGACGUAGAGGACUAUGAAUCAACCUCGAUGUUGGCAGGAUUCCAAUGCAGUGUUGCCAACACAUUAUUGGGUAUAUCGGCCAAUGAAGAUGUAGGCCAUUGUUUGGCUAAAUAUUGUAAUCGUCAAUGUGUUAUCUGCAAGCAAGCAAAUAGAUAAAUAAAUCUAUCGACAAGUCUGUAACUCUAUGUCGUCUCUCAAUGUGUUCUUCGCACAUCUUUUUUUUUCACACUUUUUUACUUGGACGCAACAGUUUAUGUGUGUUGGGCAUGGAACAAGUUUUAACUGUUUGCCAAUGUGCGAUCUUAAUCCAUUAUUUAAAUUCAAGAACGUUUAAAAACUGAUUAACCUGCAUUAACUGAUUAACUCUACCAUUAACCUGCAUUAUGGCCCUAUACAACUCAAGUCGAAGCCUGUAAAAUAAUGCAAUGCUACAAAUGCUUUUAUAACCUUAAUCUAUUUAACGACAGUGGAUGCAUGCCAGGUACAGAGCUAGUUUGGUCUACUUCGGGUCUAUCAAGGUGUAUAAUUUAAGAGCUAUUGAAUCUCUCCAUUGUGUUUUAAGCCUACGCAUGCAGACUGUUGAUCAUUGUGUUACUUUCAGCGUUGCAUCAUUCUUGGUCGGAGGAAUGCGUUAGUAAAUUCAAGCAGCAGCAGUAAAAGCUUUGGGUAAUUAGGACCAUACAGGAGCCUUGCCGCCUAGCUCCUAGCUCUGGUCUCCUAGCACCUGGCGGACAGAUAUCGCUGCUACGCUCUCUGCAGGAGAAGAAACAAGAGAUAAAGACCUUUUAAUAACGACUUCGGAAAGGAAUCGCACGUCUUCAAACAGCAACAGAAGGUGCAGUUUUGCGAUUGUUUCCUCCGGAGUUGUCGGAGUUCACGUCAGGUUAUUCUGCGCUCCACACUGGUGAUAAACGAGAGGUUUUCUGUUCUGUGCAGUAGAUACAUCGGAACAUGACGACCACCAAGCCACGGAGUCUGGCCCGGGAGGCGUCUCACCAGAUCAUCGCCGGUGGUUCCGCAGGUGACUCCUCCACUUUCACCUCCUCCGUCAGCUCCUCCUCCGUCAGCUCCUACUUUAUCAGCUCCUGCACUAUCAGCUCCUUGGAGGAGCAGCCGGGAACAGCUCAGCUGAAGGGUUGGGGCUGGUGGCCUGGAAGAUCUGGACGACUCAACUGCAACCCCUGGCGAAGACACACUGCAGACAGUGAUGACGCUUCACAGGAAGCUCUCUCCGUGGCGGGGCUGGGCUCUGGCCUCACCGAGGCCAUCGUGGUGAACCCCUUUGAGGUGGUCAAAGUCAGUCUGCAGGCCAACAGGGACUCUUUCAAAGAGCAACCCUCGUCCUUCGGCCAGGCACGGCGCAUCAUCAACGCCGACGGCUUCGGGCUGCGGGGGCUGAACAAGGGCCUGACCUCCACGCUGGGGCGCCACGGCGUCUUCAACAUGAUCUACUUCGGCUUCUACUUCAACGUGAAGGACGCCAUUCCUGCCAGCCAGGAUCCCACCCUGGAGUUCAUGAGGAAGUUCGCCAUCGGCCUGACGUCCGGCACCAUCUCGUCCUGCGUCAACAUUCCGUUUGAUGUGGCCAAGAGCCGGAUCCAAGGGCCUCAGCCCGUACCUGGGGAGAUCAAGUAUCGCACCUGCUUCCAGAGCAUGGGCCUGGUGUACAGGGAGGAGGGGUACCUGGCGCUCUACAAGGGAUUAGUCCCCAAAAUAAUGAGGCUUGGACCAGGUGGGGCCGUGAUGCUGCUGGUGUAUGAGUAUGUGUCUGGGUGGCUCCAGGAGAACUGGUAGGGGGACAGGGACCCCCCCCCCCCCCAGAGUGCCUUAUGCAGUCACUUCAGCCUUCGAGCCCCCCUGACAGCAACCGAAAGCCCCCCCCAGAGCGCCUGAUGCGGUCCCCUCCGCCUCCAAACACCCCGACAGCGACAACACGACCAGAGACCACUGCAGGGCCCCUCCUGGGGACGUUAGCCCAGUGGCACUCUCUUUAUUGUAGCUGUUGUUGUUGUUUUCAUACAACAUCAUGUGGUUCAUCGAUUUAUAUGCACAAUGAGGAUUUUUUAGAUCUGGGACUCCGUUUUUUAUUGUGUGUUUGUGUUUUUGUGAAGUCAUUAGUAUUUUCUAGAAGGAUAUGUUUAUAUUCGUCCUUGGCUUAACGACAGUGUGUCGGGGACUGAUCUGCCCACUCAUGUCUUUGAACGAUGGGACGGGAUCGACCUUUACAGAAUACAGUUUACUAUCAGACAUAACUAAUAACAAAUGAGUCACCAAAUAGAGGAUGUUUGUUGAAUUGAAUCGGAAUAGUAUUUUUGUGAAUAAAUCAUGAUCAUUUUGCUUAUAUUCAGUCCUACUCUUUGAAUUUUCUAAAGAAAAUAAAGAAAAUUGACAUUUAAUGUUACAGUUUGCUUAAAUUUCACAAUUAACAUUAUAGAUAUAUCUUGUAAUGGUUAUACUGUAAGGAAUCUCCUACAGCUUAUUCACCUGUCAGUGUCCCUUGUUUGCAUGCAUCACCUAGUUAUGUUCAACCCCUGGAGCCACCGUUUUAAUGGAGCUCCUACAGCAGAAUAUUCAAUCUGAAACCGACCAACUGUGCUGGCAAAAGAAAAUAAAGCUUUCUUAC